AUGUCAAGUUUCUUCCAAAACCUACCAGGAAACGUGCCUAUGCCUUCUGCCUUCUUGACUCCAGAGGGUGUUCAGAAAGAGGCUCGCGAACGUGCAGCCAAAAUCUUCCAGAACCAUGAAGUGCUAGAAAAAAUCAUUGAGCGUCACGAAGAGACGAUAAGGAAGCGUUGGAGCAAAAAGUCAAACGCACAAAAGAAGAAAAUUCUGUUAGAAGCAUGGCCCAGCAUGUGUUCACAGCAUCGCCCUGACGUUGCUGCAUGGAGACAGCAGCCGGAUUCCAAUUCGCGUGAAGCAUAUAUGUGGCCAUAUAUCAACCUAGAGGACCUCACCAAGACAAAGUCCUUGUUGCUGAUGCUUCACUACCGUGGGAGAUAUCAGCCACACGAGUUUGUACAUUCAGACCUGGAACAAGCUCGUUUGGGAGAAACGAGCGGUGCAACCAUGCCUGGGUUCUUGAACGAGUAUACGAUGCUUUUCGUCGACCGAACAACACCUGAGACAUACGGGGAGCUCGUGUCUUGGGAUGAUGAUGAAGAAGACGCAUUUGAGAACAUGACUAACGGAGUCGGCAUGCAUCCUGGACAUGGAUUGCAAGCUUUGGAGAUCCAGGAACGUAUCUGGGAUUUUCUCGUCAAGGUUUGUCGGAUAUUGCUCCAAGACAUACCUGACAUGACCGAGUCUGACCUUGUCCCAAACCCCGGACCUCCGAUCACCCAGGAUGGAGAUACCACAUCUCUGGAAGUCAUCUCUUUCGAGGCGCCCUAUAGAAUUCCUGCGCAUUUGGAUUUUGAUCGCCUAAAAGCUCUGGCAUCUGCAGAGCGCAACUGGAGAGAGGAUCAUUUGUGGGCAUUGCGCGAGGAUCCGAGCUAUUUCGCAGAUAUAAUGCAACGGCGCUCUGAACAUCGACAGGAGAUGUUGUGGGACACUUCGGAUCGAGAGCAUCCUUCGCUGAGAGAGCCUGGUCGUCCCCUCUUUUGGAAUCGCGUACUAGGCACCGUCGUCAUGGAUGCCUACUUUGGAUUCGCAACUUUUGAUCAGGUGUUGAAACAGGUCAAUAACAUUGCCUCCCGCUACGAAAAAUGCAAAGAUAAACUAAAGCCCGAAGAAGACUUGCCUGGUGCCUUUCUGGGCGCUUUCCAAAAUCUCCGUUUCUUAUUGGAUGCAGCAAGAAUCGAUUUAGUCGAUGGUCUCAAGAUGGAUUUGUUUGGCUCCCCACCAAUGCGCCUGUUCUGUGAGCGCGAACCCCAGGACCCAAAUACGACUAUGAUUCGCUCGGCAUUUCGCCCACCGCGUGAGGAUCACGCAGUCAACAACCUAAUGCCACUAUUUAACAUUCUAUUCGACGAUCGGCAAGUUUCGUUAUUCGGCCUACACACAGUGACAGAUGAAAUUGAACAUCUGGUCAGGAAAGAUGCUGCACGCCUAUCGUCACUUUCAGUCGUGUCGGAAUGUCUCCAUCAACUCCAUCUUUUCCAGCCGUGGGCGCGUAAGAUCGAAGACGGAAUGGAGCUCAAGGACAGAGAGCUUCGCAGUCAGUACAAUGCAGUUUUCAAGGGCUGGCCAAAGAUUAUGAGCGUCAAGUUCGAAGGCUCCCAAGUCUACAAGUACGCCGAUCCGACUGAUGGGAAAUUUGAAUACCCUGUUCAGCGCCGCCGCAACAAGCAAAACGUCGAGUUGCUCUGCAAAUCUGAAGCGAACCUGGACACCUUGUGGGCAGCUGUAGACCAGUAUUACAAGUCUAGGGUUGGUAGCUCGCACCAUGACAUGGUCUUGUCCAUGCUCGGUGGCGAUCGUGCCAUUCAGCGCACGCCGCCCUGGGUAGAGCUCGAGAAAAAGAAGAAACAGGCGACCAGCGAGCCUCAAGUGGAAUAUGUCUAUAGGCCAUUUUCCAGUGUUUAUCAUGAUGCUUCAAAGCAAAUCACUGGUACCUUUGACCGUGGCGCCACUGGUCAGCCUACUACCAAGUCCAAAACUCGGGGAGAAAUCACCCGGGCAGCCGAAGUUGGGACGCCAGACUCCAUUCCUCACGAAGCUACGCAGACCCCAGAGACGUUUGCAGUUGAUAAGCGGGCAUACAAGGUUUUCAAGGCCCUCUUCCACUCACCGUCGAAUCCUGAUCUGCCGGGCGAGGUCCCCUGGAAUGACUUCUUACAUGCAAUGGCGAGCAUGGGCUUCUCAGCUGAAAAACUGCACGGAUCUGCGUGGAAUUUCACGCCGCGAAGUAUUGAUUUGGGGGUGGAGAGGAGCAUACAGUUUCACGAACCACAUCCCAGCAGCAAGAUACCCUUUCUUUGGGCAAGACGACAUGGGCGGCGGCUGACUAGGGCUUACGGAUGGGCUGGCUCGACCUUCCGGCUAGCUUGAAGUAUAUACAUGUCACGACGGAUGAGGCAAGCAGGG